CAAUUUAUCCAUUCCCAUGGCUGCAAACAAACUUCUUUCUCUAGUUUUCUUUGUGGUGUUGUGUGUUGCUAUAUGUUCGGCAGCUAGGACUCUCUUGGAGGGUACUCAUGAUACCUAUUAUCCUAAUGGCUUCAGAGCCGUAAUUGGUGUGGGAAUUAAUGGUGGUGGUGGUGGUGGGGGAGGCGAGGGUGGAGGGUCUGGUGGAGCUGUUGUUGGUCAUGGCUCUGCUAGUGGAGCUGGAAGUGGUGGUGGUAGUGGUAGUGGCUCUGGGUUUGGUGGAGACCAUGGCGCUGGUGGUGGAGGUGGUGGAGGCGGCAAUGGAGGUGGAGCUGGUUAUGCUGAAGGGGGAGACCAUGGUGCUGGGUAUGGAAGUGGUAGUGGGGAAGGACAUGGCGCGGGUUAUGGUGGAGGUGGUGGUGCAAAUGGUGGUGGCGGAGGAGGUGGAGGUGGAGGUGGAGGUGGAGGCGGUGGUUCUGCUGCGGGAGGAGGACAUGCUGGUGGAUAUGGAGGAGGUGAAGGAGGAGGCAGUGGAGGUGGCUUUGGUGGUAGUAAUGGAGGAUAUGGUGGUGGAGGAGGUCACGGCGGUGGAGGUGGGGGUGGAUCCGCUGGAGGAUCGGAAGGCGCUGGAUACGGUAGUGGUGGAGGCGCCGGUGGUGGUGCAGGGGGGGGUCAUGGUGGAUCUGGAGGAGCUUAUGGGGGAGGAGAAGGAGGAGGGGGUGGUGGCGGAGGUGGAGCAGCGGGCGGUGGGCAUGGUGAAGGGUACGGCGCGGGGGAAGGCGGUGGUCACGGCGGAUACGCACCGUAGAAGUACUAGUGCUUGCCAACAAGAAAAUGGAUAAUCCACAUAAUUGAUAUAUAUAAAAAUGGUAGUACUAAGAAUAAUAUAAAGUAAAAGUGAAGAAUGUUUGAGUUAAAAGAGGUAGUACAUGCAAAUGCAAAUAUGCAAUAUGAAAGUGCAAGUGUAUCAGAUCACUCAUCUGCUCUCAAUCAUACCAACAUUUGCUUAUUUCUCAUCCUAUUAA